UCGACCGAUACUAAAUUGCGUGUACAUACAUCUCUCCACCGGGAUUGUAAGAAUAGGUUUCUUCGUGUAGAUCGUGGAAAUUGUUGCAUUUGUGAACGCACAAUUUUACUUAACAUUCUUUAAGAAAGAGGACGAAUGAGUAAAGUACGUAAUUUAGACUACUGGACAUUGAUUAAGCACAGUGCAAUGGGAGCAGUAACAUCAAGGAUAGCACAUAAGCUACAAAAUUUUAAUCUAGAGGCUCGAGCACAAAAGGUGUUAUUGAAAGAAAAACCUACACGUGCUCCUCAGUUUCACGCAACAUUGAAACAAAUAGAACAAGUGAAACAGAUUGACCCUGAUGCUAUGGAGCAGCUUCGUAAGAAAGAUACAUCCUUGGAUAAUCGAUUAAAGAGUGUUUAUAUUAGUUCUCACGAUCCAGAGAUUAAAGAACACACUGAUAGACCAACUUCUACAAGGUCUUUACCAAAGAACAUACAUACUGAACAAUAUGAGUUUGAUUUUUCAACUCCAAUUCAUGUUCCUGAAGGCAAAUGCACCUUGCAACAACUGAUCUCAUACAUUGACCAUCAUGCAACUGAUCCUAACAAAUAUACUGCGAUUAGGAUCGCUUCGGAGUCCAAACUAGAACCUAAAACAGUUGAAAUUAUACUUUCAUAUUAUAAACUACUUCGUUUAGUAGGACAGCCACAAGUAACCAAAGAAGAAUUUAGUAAAUUUGCUGUAGAAUCUGAAACAAGGAAACCUCUUCCUGAUAAAUGAUUUAUCUGUCACAUAGUCAAUUACUUUAACUGUUAGGCACAGAUUAGUUAGAAUUCAGUAUCUGUAAAAUAUUAAAUAAAAUAAUUACCAAUGUCUUUAAUAA